AGCGCGCUGGCGGUGGGGGCUCGGCUGCCCUCGCCGCUGGGGGCGCUGCGGGGCCUGGGCCGGGAGGGGCCGAGCGGGGAAGCGCCCGGACCCCCCUCGCCCAGCCGGGCCUCCCUCGCGGGGCCGUUGUGCGGAGGACCGGGGGGAGGCCGGCCGCGUGGUCAGCCGCGUCGGGGUCCGCUUUGUGGGCCGGGCCAAGUGCGGCACAAGCUCUGCCGAGGCGCCGGACGGGAGGCGGGGCGGCCUCCGAAUGCCAGGGGCGCCCUGCUCACGGGCAGCGUUCCCACGAGCACGACACGCGGGUUCGGAGCCCGCCGCUUGGCGGCCGACGCGAGGAGGGGCGUCCCCGGGCUGCGCUGCCCACGGCGGCCAGGGGCGGGAGCGGGAGGCGCCGCCCUGUCUCCGACUCUCUCUCGCGAGAAGCGCGGCCGUGUUGCAGCGCAGGGGCUGGUAAACAGGAGCCGUCCGGAGCGGAGGCAGCCCGGCCCGGUCCCCGCCCGCCCGCCCGCGGCCCCCCAGCCCGAUGCCGGCGCGCAGGGGAAGGAGCCUCCUGCCGAAACCUCUGCAGCAGCCAUGAUGCCCCCCGUGGCCCCGCUUCCCGUGGCUGCCUGUGUCCUGCUGGCUUGCCUGCUGUUGGAACUCCCAGCCACAAAGGGCUACAUCCACGCUAUGUCAGGCCACAAUUCCAGCGUGGACUUCUCCGACUACCCUGCCCAGUUCGGGAACCCGCUGCCACGCGAGGGACUCCUGGGCUUGUUGGUGGAAGCCAAGCCUGCCAACGCCUGCCAGCCGAUUGAGGCCCCUCCAGAGCUAGCCAACUCAAGCAGCUUCAUUGCCCUCAUCCGGAGAUACGACUGCCACUUUGAUGUCAAGGUGUAUCAUGCCCAGCAGGUUGGGUACCGGGCAGUCAUUGUGCACAACGUUGGCUCAGACAACCUGCUGGAAAUGCAGUGGGACGAUGAGGAACUCCACAAGCACAUCAGUAUCCCGUCAGUGUUCAUUGGUGAAAGAGCAGCCAGCUCCUUGCGCAGUUCCUUCACUUACGAGAGAGGGGCUCAGGUCAUCUUGAUUCCGGAGUACAUCUUCCCCCUGGGCUAUUACCUCAUCCCUUUCACGGGCGUGGUGGGCAUCGUCAUCGUGGUGAUGUGUGCCAUCCUGAUUGUGCGCUGCAUUCAGCACCGGAAGAGGCUGAGGAGGAACCGCCUCUCCAGGGAGCAGCUCAAGAAAAUCCCCAUCCACAAGUACAAGAAAGGAGAUGAGUACGACGUCUGCGCCAUCUGCCUUGAGGAAUAUGAGGACGGUGCCCGCCUGCGCAUCCUCCCGUGCUCUCAUGCCUAUCACUGCAAGUGUGUUGACCCGUGGCUGACGCAGACCAAGAAGACGUGCCCCGUGUGCAAGCAGCGUGUGAUCCGGUCGGCGGAGGAUUCUGACUCUGAUGGCGAGGGGGCAGACCAGCCCCUGCCUCCCCGAGAGGAGGAGGAGGAGGAGGAAGAUGCCAGGGAAGAGCAGGACUCUGAGCGCACCCCCCUGCUGCGCUCCUCACCCCCUGGGCUGCUGGGCCCCUCCUUUGGCAGUGUAGCCCAGUCCCCCCCUCACUACCUCAGUGAAGAGAAUGAGCAAAGGCCCAGCACCCACCAGGCACUGGACUCUCCUCUCUGCUGGGAGGGCCUGGAGCAACCCCUGCGGGUCUAGGCCUUCCUCCCCCCCCCCCCGCCAUUCACUGCUGCCAGGUCACACACCAGUGGAGGGGGGGGACAGCCCUCUUCUGAGGCAGGACAGCGGGGGGGGGGGCUCUGCUUUUACCACGGAGCUUCCAGUAUAUUUUAACCUUUUAUGGGGUGUUGCGUCAGGGGAUGAGCAGCUGCCCUACUUGGGAGGGAAAGUGGAAAAGGAGGUAAAGAGGCAAGGUGGCACCCACCAGCGAAAUUGGGGGGGGGUCCUUGCAGUGGGAGAAGACAGCUUCAGCCCUUGUCUAUCCCCCCCCCGCCCCCCACACACACUUGUCAGGGAAAGCAGGACACACUGGCAGCAACUGGGCCUGGCAUCUCCUGGCACAAGGCUGGGGAGAAGGGCACGGGGUGUGUGUGUGUGUGUGUGUUUGGGGUGGGGAGCGUUGCAAGAAGGGGCCCAUGUGGCCCUGGUUAGAUGGGGAGGGGGGGGGUUGGCGGCUCUGGGUUAGCCUAACAGCCUUUUCCCACCUCUUGUGCAAACUGACAGAGCUGCUGUUCGCAGGGUCCUUUGGAUGCACGUCCGGCCCACACCCAGGGGAGCCCUCCUGAGACCUUUUGCGUCCAGGCUUACUGGCAGCCUCUCGCUUCCCUUUGCCUAGCAAGCCCCAAGCCAUGUGCACUUCCCCGUUUGGCUUUGGAGGGCAGCCGCCCCAGAGUCGCGUUGGAUGUUAGGAGAGGAGGUGCUACUGGGGGAUGUUGGAGGCUAGGAAGAGAAGGGUAUAGAGGAGACCCCUCCCUCCAAACAUGAGACCGGGCCAGUCCUUUUGUAUGCCCCUCCCAAGACACAAUUUUUGAAGGGCCAUUUUCAGCCCUUUGAACUGUUUCUCACCCCUCAUCUUUUACAUUCCUUGAGGCCAAUCCUGAGGUUUGGGAGGGGGUGGCAUCCUGUCUGGUGCCCCCCCCAUGGGACCAAGCUGGGUGGCCACUGCCCUUGCUUCUCCUGAGCACACCAGGUUGAGGGGAGGGGUAGGGGGGGGUUCUCACUGUGCAUCACUUGGCUCUUUGACUGUGUCAGUUUCUUGCAAAGCAGCCAUUUGGGAGCUGGGCCCCUGCUCACCUCUAGCUGCACGAAGCAGCCCUGCCCAGGUCUCUGCUGUAAUCUAUUAAAAGGGAGUUGGUUUA